AUGUACUGGACGACCACUGAGAUCCAAGUCCUUCUGGAAGUCACACUCCAGUACAAAGAGGAGAAGUCCAGACAGAACAUCGACUGGAGAAGCCACACCAGCACCUACCAUGACAUAUGGAAGGCCUUUCUCCAAGUCUACCCAGUCAAGAGGGCUGAGGAGGGGGUGCUGCACUUCCCACAUGACGUGGAGAGGAUCAACAAAGCAAAAGUCAUCUUCAAACUUGUGUGGAGCAAGCUCCAGUGGAGGAACAGGAGGGAGGAAGAGGAGGAAGACGACAAAGAGGAGGAAGACGAUGAAGAGGACGGGGACAGUGAAGACACCUGCAGUGCCUGGGAGUCUGAAAGCAAAGACUGGAGCUCCACAGAGUCAGAGGACAAGAUGGAGAUGUUCAAACCACCGUGCAAUAGGAGACUGUUUGAAGAUGACGCAUAUGCUCAGACAUCCACCACAGAAGCACCAAUCACAGCUGAGAAGAUGACUGCCAUGUACUGGACCAACUCUGAGAGAAAAGUCCUUCUGGAAGUCAUGCUCCAGUACAAAGAGGAGAAGUCCGGGCAGAACAUCGACUGGAGAAGCCACACCAGCACCUACCACGACAUAUGGAAGGCCUUUCUCCAAGUCUACCCAGUCAAGAGGGCUGAGGCGGGGGUGAGGCACUUUCCUCAUGAUGUGGAGAAGAUCAACAAGGCAAUGAUUAUCUUCAAACUUACGGAGAUGCAGAGAAGAUUCCACAAAUACGACUGUUGUUAUCGAUUUUGGUACAUUGCUGGGAGAAUCUGGAGUGAGGACGAGGUGGAGGAUGAGCUCUGGGGAGAGUCUGAGAGCAGUGACUGGAGCUCCACAGAGUCAGAGGACUGUAAGGACACCAAGGCCCUCUCCUCACUGCAGACAUCCACCACAGAAGCACCGAUCACAGCUGAGAAGAUGAAUCUCAUGUACUGGACCAACUCUGAGAGAAAAGUACUUUUGGAAGUCACGCUCCAGUACAAAGAGGAGAAGUCCAGACAGAACAUCGAGUGGAGAAGCCACACCAGCACCUACCACGACAUAUGGAAGGCCUUUCUCCAAGUCUACCCAGUCAAGAGGGCUGAGGAGGGGGUGCUGCACUUUCCUCAUGAUGUGGAGAAGAUCAACAAGGCAAUGAUUAUCUUCAAACUUACGGACAUGCGGAGAAGAUUCCACAAAUCCAACUUUUUUUAUCGAUUGUGGUUCAUCUCUGAGAAGAUCUGGAGCGAGAAGAAGCUCUGUGAAGAAUCUGAAGACAGCGAUGUUGUGGUGGAAAAGGAUAAAGAUGAUGAAGUGGAGGAGAACAUUAAAGACACCAAGGCUGCUUUGGAGUCUGAGAGCAGUGACUGGAGCUACACAGAGUCAGAGGACUGUAAAGACACCAAGGCCCUCUCCUCACUGCAGACAUCCACCACAGAAGCACCAUUCACAGCUGAGAAGAUGACUGCCAAGUAUUGGACCAACUCUGAGAUCGAAGCCCUUCUGAUGGUCACGGCCCAGUACAAGAAUGAGAAGUCCAGGCAGAACAUCGACUGGAGAAGCCACACCAGCACCUACCAUGACAUAUGGAAGGCCUUUCUCCAAGUCUACCCAGUCGAGAGGGCUGAGAAGGGGGUGAUGCACUUUCCUCAUGAUGUGGAGAAGAUCAACAAGGCAAUGAUUAUCUUCAAACUUACGGACAUGCGGAGAAGAUUCCAAAAAUCCGACGAAAUCCUGAAAAAAUCCGAUCGAUUCGGGUACAUCUCUGAUUUCAUCUGGGGCGCGGACUGGGGCGAGGACGAGGACUGGGACGAGGAGGAGGAUGAGCUCUGGGGAGAAUAUGGAGAAGACAGCGAAGUAGUGGUGGAAGAGGAGGAAGAUGAAGUGGAGGAGGACAGUAAAGACACCAAGGCUGCUUUGGAGUCCGAGAGCAGUGACUGGAUCUUCACAGAGUCAGAGGACCAGGCGGAGACGUUAAAACCACCAAGCACAAGGAGACCGUUUGAAGAUGACUUAUAUUAUGCUCAGUACAAAGUGGAGAAGUCCAGUCAGAACAUCGACUGGAGAAGCCACACAAGCACCUACCAUGACAUAUGGAAGGCCUUUCUCCAAGUCUACCCAGUCAAGAGGGCUGAGGAGGGGGUGAUGCACUUCCCACAUGACGUGGACAUGAUUAACAAAGCAAAAGUCAUAUUCAGACUUAUGGACAUGGGGGGGAGUUCCCACAGGCAGUUGGACAAUUUUUACUCUCGAUUGUGGGUCAUCUGUGAGAAGAUCUGGGAUGAGAAGGAGCCCUCUGAAGAAAAUGGAGAGGACCAAGAUGUAGUUGUGGUAGAGGAUGAGCUCCACAGAGUCAGACAACGAGACAGAGACGCUCACACCACCGUGCAAGAGGAGACCCUUCGCACUGUGCAGAGCAGAGAGCCGCAGAGUAAUAAGCCAAGAAGAGAAGAGACACUCCCCGUUAUGGCUCUGCCCCCUGGAUCCACGCAGUGCCCUCCGGUCGCAGCCUCUCCUCACAGCCGCAAGAGGCGCAGCGAACGCGGGUCCAUGGCUCUGCAGAGGCGAGCACGGAAAAGAGCGCUCUGUCGCCCUCUAGUGGUGAAAGUGGGGUAUUGUCUGUAA